UAGCUUGCCCCUCGCUCCCACGAGAUUUGGUAAGCCAUGUGGCCGCAUUAGAGCCAAUUAAUCAGACUCUGAUUAAUUGGCUCGACGAGAUCCACCCAGACGUACCCUCCUAAGACAGCAUUCCAUGCAGUGAUUCCACUGGUCUCGACUGCUGCUCGGGUUACCUUGUGCGUCUUUGACUGAAGGGGAGGGAAGGGAAGCAGGCAGCCAAAGAGCCACAGCCGCAGAGUCGCACAUCCAUCACAUGCAGGGUCAAGGUGUACUGCCUCGCAAGACAAGCUACUCUACGCACGCCCAAACACAUACACUUUGGAGACAGCAGCCAUCGUCCUAUCAUGAGCGAGACAAGCUUGGAAAAGCAAAGCGGUAUGUUGCACUGCUCGCGUGAGAGCUUUUUAGCGCAUGAACCGUGCACUGUAGGCCAUGCGCUUUGGUGGACGGUGCAAGCAACUUCGAUGUCGUGCCACCGGAGGACGAGGCGGAGCGAAGCUUCUUCUGGUUCUCAAUGUGGCCUCCUGGCCAUUUGCCUGCCUGCCUCGAACCAGUACAGUCCUGGAGUAGUUUGGAUGCUCUCUGCGGGUCCAGGACAUGGUGGUAUAUACUAAGCGGUACUCGUGUACGGUACGAGGUGAAGAUUUCCCUCCACAUCACCUCCUCCGAUCUACUGUGUGCAAACAGUUACUUUCGACCCUGUGUUCUCGCCUCAUAUUUUGCCCACGACUGCCUGCACUACACGACAGUAUACACCUUGAAAACAUUAUUCUGCCAACAGUUGUCGGAUGUCCUUCCCAAGUUGCCGACGACUCAAUCCUCCCUCCCAUCCCUUGCCAAUCCUCCCUCAGGAGUUCCCGCAAGAUGGACAAUAUAUUCUCACAUUCAUCCUCGGGCUCUGCCAUUCCAUUUGAUCCGUUGCCGCUUCCAUUCCCUCCCCCUCCCUUCCUCCACAUUUAUUAAAAUAUUUGCAUGAAACCUUGCCCAUUGUCACUCCUGCCUGCUUCACACACUAUUAACGUUCAAACUACUCGUACCGUAUUCUAGAGACGGAUCGAUCAUCACAUCGCUGUAACCUGUCAUUCUUAGUUCAGCAACCACUCACGAAGUUGUACUUCAUUCCUAGACUUCAUAAUGGUUUCUCCUAGGACAAACGGCAUGUUGUGUCGAUCUGACUUGAUCACCUUCAUGCACAAGUGGCUCGGAGAAUGAGGAUUUAGACUGCUACGAAGAGACUACUGUAGUGGAAUCAUAAUAAACUUUCUGAAGAGAUUGCUCU